AUGGGAUGGCGCCCGAAGCAUUAUCAAUUAAAUAUUACUAUUACGCGGGAUGCACAAACAUCGUAUUUCGGUAGUAUCGAGAUCUAUGUUGAAGCUACUGAAACAUCCUCAUCGCUAUCUUUGCAUGUUGGUCGUCCAAUUUCCGAAAUUAUACUGCCACAGAUAUCCAUCUAUAAUUGCGAGGUAUACUGCGUCUCUUCGUUGGUUUAUCAUCAGCGCGAUGAAGUGCUAUCAAUGGAGUUUUUUGAGCCAAUUGGUACUGGACAAAUUGUUGUUCUUCGUAUCAGUAAUUUUUCUAGUUCGCGAGCCGAUGCUGGUCUAAUUGUUAAAAGUCCGCAAAAAUGGGAACCGAAACGGCCAUGGACUGUGACGACUUUUUUUCAACUUCGCAAUGCACGUUCUGUAUUCCCAUGCUUUGAUUUGCCGGUCAUGAAAGCAACCAUGGAACUUUGCAUAACACAUCCAACCGGGACCGAAGCAAGGUCAAAUGAACAGCUGAGUAAAAUUUCGAAUAUAAAUGGAAAAACUGAAUCGUGUUUCGAACGAACACCGCCAAUGAGCACCUAUUUGUACGCAUUUACAAUAUUUGAUCGAAUGAGUUCUCUGAAAGAAGGGCGAGAAAAGUUCGGCGAAGGUCUUCCAGAAAUUGAAGUGUUGUAUUCGGAAGAAGAUAGCAUCAUCAGACCUGAGUGGAUUAAUCGAGAAGCUGCACAUGUAAGUAUUAUUAUUAUUAUCUUUUUUGAGGUUUUGAAACUGCAAUAUUUAAGGUUAGCAACAACGAUUAACUGCAUAUAUUCUCAUUAG